AUGCCAUUCACUUUUGAUGCCGAAGCAGUUUGCGGCAUCACUCUGACUACAUCCACAGCUGUCUCAACAACUGCUACAUCCACCAGCUCUGUAAAGACCACCGCGUCCACUGCCGCUACAACCACCUCUUCCGGUUCCCCGACCGGUACAUCGGCGGCUUCUUCGACGAAUUCAUCCGGAUCUACGUCCACAGCUAGCAAGACCAGCACGGGCUCUUCAACAUCAACUCCUACGGGCAAUAGCGCAUCAGCAAAUAAAGUUUUGCUGAAUGCUAUUUUGGGUAUAUUUGCCGCGUCUGUGAUCUUAGCCUAA